AUGGUGGAAAUUACAGGAACACAGAAAUUGUCACCCGAGUGUAUGAGAAACGGCUUACAAAUGAUCGACGGUCUCAAGAAUCUUAAAACUUGGGCUUUUAGAAUUCUGGAUGCAAGCGCUAAAAGUCCGGAUGGCCUAUUAAUCGGCUCAACAACAUUUUUAGGGAAUUACGACGAAUGCCUUGGAACUAUAGCACGCAGCAGUCGCUCUAGAGAUUACGGGAAAAUAUUGUUUACAGGAAAAUACUGCCUUUUGGAAAUAAAGCCCGAAUUACCACCCAAGAGAAGAACGUAUCGAAUGUACGAUAGAAUAGAGGAAUUUGAAAACGUAUCAAGUUCCGAAACGAUCAUUGAUGAAAUUGCUUCCCGAUUGCACACAUUUUACUCCUAUGUCCUGAAUCUUGGAGUAUGCGUCCCUUCUGGUUGUAAAAAAGAAGACCUUGAGAUUUUAAUGAAUUCAGUUUUAAAGGAUCUACAUUUAGAUGCGAGUGUAUACAGCUGUGAAGUGAAGGAAAAUAUAAAUUUCUCUAAACACAAAUUUUUAUCACGUAAAUCUCUGUAUGCUUUUAUUGGGAUGCUUGUUAUCAUUGCAUCAUUUGUAGAUGCUUGGCUUCAACAUAAAGGUGUAACAACAGAAAGUAAUGCACUUCGAGUUUUGUUGGCAUUUUCAGUAUUAAAAAAUUUCUCCAGACUCUUCUCCACUGAAAAGCUAAGUGACAGAUUAACAUGCUUGAACGGAAUACGUGUUCUUACCCUGCUUUCGAUAAUUUAUGGACACAGUUAUUAUUUCCUUCACAUGGAUAUUUUCAUGAGUAAAAUGCAACUUUAUGAUAUUAUGGCCAAGGAUUUCUUAUUUCAAAUAAUACUCAAUAUGCUGCAGGCUGUUGAUCCUUUCUUCUUCCUCAGUGGUUUCCUACUCUGCUAUUGGGUGACAAUUAGUGUUCGAGAUAAGAAGAAACCGUUUAAUAUACCAUAUUUAAUUAUUCGCAGACUCUUCAGGUUAUUGCCGGCUUAUUAUUUUGUCUUCACUUUUGCAUUUCUAAUGAGAGACUUAGGUUCUGGACCUUUCUACCACAAGACACUGGACAGGCAUAUGGGAGGUUGUGAUAAAUAUUGGUGGACAAACCUUUUGUUUAUAAACAACUUUUACAAAUACGAUAAUUUGUGCAUGGUGCACACCUGGUACAUUGCUUGCGAUUUCCAACUGUUCAUUUUCUCGUUAUUUCUUCUUCUUGUACUUUUCAAGUGGCCAAAAGUAGGAAUAUCACUUAGCUUUACCGUAAUAUUUGCAGCCAUGAUUUACGACGGACUUUUUAGUUACGUAUAUAACAUGCCCAAUUUCUCCCUGGCUACUCAUCCCGAUCCUGAAGAACAUAAAGAACUUCAGCAUAAUAUAUAUCUGCCCAUAUCGCAUGCAGCCCCUUAUUUCACUGGAAUACUCAUUGGCUAUUUAUUAGCUACGAAACCGGAUCUAAAGAUUUCUAAGUGCUUUCAAAUUCUGGGAUGGCUGAUGGCAAUUAUGUUGACUUCAUGUGUGGUAUUCGGACCUCGGAAAUGGCAAAGCGGAAUUGAACCAACAACUGUAGAAGUCGUUGCGUAUAGUGCUACUUAUAAACUUGCUUUUGUCUUGGGAGUAGCCUGGACUGUAGUUUGUUGUUUUGCUGGACAAGGAGGCUUCAUCAAUUAUUUGUUAUCUUUGAAAAUAUGGACACCCUUAGCUCGUCUUACUUUUCUCAAAUAUCUUAUUCAUCCAAAUCUUCAGCUUAUAUACUCUGGAUGGACAAAGACAGCCUUCUCGUUUGAUUAUUACGUAUGGAUGGCGUUUGGUCAUUUAUGUAUCAGCUUUCUCCUUGCUGUUAUCGUUAAUAUGAUGGUUGAAUCACCUUUUAUGGCUCUACAGAAGAUGGCGCUAGGCUCAUUUGAGGGUAUCUCAAAGUCUUCAGCAAAGGACAUAAACGUGAACAAGGACAUCGAUUUAAACAGUUAUAAAGAGAAAAUGCCUGUUAAUGGAAACAUUGUACUUUCUAUAAAUGCUUCUGAAUGUACUGAUAUUGAUAAAAAAAGUCAUCAUAACUAAAUGUUAAAACUGGAAUGCAUUUAGUACACUUAACAAAUGUGUUGCGUCUUUUAUGGCAUUUGUUUCUUUGCAAUCGGACAGUUUUAAGGAAACAGAACUUUCUUGUUUAUAAUAAGAAUGAUUGUUCAUAAAGGCGACAACUUUAUCAACAUUAUAAAGUUGUCGCCUUAUUUUUUAUAAUUUUAAUUUGAAAUGAAUUUAUUCAAAUAUGUGAAUUUAAAAAUUUUAGAAUUUGAUAAAAAAUUUAUCAGAUAAAGGUAGACAGAAAAGGAAGGCUAUCUGAUAGCGAUCCCCAAGUUUUCUUUUCUUGAAG